AUGGACGGCGCAGGCACCGCGGUGCAGAACCUUGGCCCUCAGCAGGUGCGCCUCGUGUACGACAACAUCCCCAAACAGCGGCUCCGGGAGCCCAAGCUCUGGAUCUACCAGUACCGCAACGGUGCGAACCGGGAGUGGAAUUCGUUCUAUAGCUUCGCCGAGGUCGAGUUCUUCCAGGAGGACUUCGAGGUGCAGAAUUGGUGGACGAGCGCCAAGACACCGCACCGCUGGACCGUCCUCGUCGUGCGUUUCCUGCGGCAGGGUGAGCCCGUCCACUUCGCCGACGUUGAGGCGUGGCAGACAAGCAUCAACCAGAGUACGUGUGGCGACGACAAGGUGCAUGUCGUUGGCAAGGUCAUGCUGGUAAACGACGUGGUCAAGGUCAACAUGGGGGGCAAGACGCAGGUCGUGCACCAGGUGAAUUCAGAAGAGGGAAGGAUCCAAGCGCUGCUGGAUUACUUUGGAAUCCGAAUGACCGAAGAGGAGGCCAAGUGUGUAGACGGAUGGGAUAUAGCGCUCCCCGCAUCGAGCUGA